CUUUAUUUUACAUUGACUUACAUAGAAAAUUGACUGCGCUGUCAUUAGACAUGCCAACUACAGUCAAUUUUGCGUCUUUAUAGAUCACAACAAUUUAUUGCUGCAGUUGCCAACAGUGGCAAUCAUGGGCUGUCAACUUUAGACCAGAUUCCAAAUUAUCGUUAAUUCCCUUUGAAAAUUUAUCACGAUUUUACCAUUGCAAAUCACCAGUGGGACUUUAUUCCGCAAUGUUGUUUUCUUUCAGCCUCCAAAACCUCGACGCACCGCUAAAGCAAAACAAGGCCAAACGUAUCAAAGUAUGGGUGAAAGGCGACCAUAAUUGCCACGAAUUUACUAUCAACCCCAAACAAUUUAGAACGUGGAAUUCCAUCUUGUUGCACAUAACCGAUGUCAUACAACCUAACUUUGGGGCAAUCAGAAGAUUGAUUUCUUUGAGAUCCAACGAAGAGGUGUGGAAUUACGAUGAUUUAAGUGAAAACGAUAAAUAUAUAGGAUUUGGAAGUUCCUCACAAACGCAACUUAAUCCCAAAGAAUACAGAACUAAUCAGGAACUCGAGUUGGAGAGGAAAAAAUCCAUAAGGAAAGUGUAUGCUGGCCCAAAACACUUUGGCGAUACCAGAUUCAUAUCUGAGUUACAAAAAAAGAAUGUAACAGUGAUUUAUGCCACCCUAAAUGGGGUAAACGAUCAACCACCACAAAAAGUAGUUUUUAAUAGAUUCGACUUCAACAACUGGUACAUUAUUAUUAACUAUUUAUCCAGGAUUUUGAGUAUUCCAGAAGGUAUUGGAAAGAUUUGCACUAUUCAUGGAAUUUCUAUAAAAGAUGCCUUUGAAUUCCAACCGGGAUAUCUUUAUGUAGUAGUUCCCAAUAACCAUCAAUUCUUGAGAGUUGAUUAUUUAAAAAUAUUCGACUUGUACAGAACUAUACAGAAUAGAAUGAAGAUGAUAAAACGUGGCGGAAAAAAGAAAUUUGAUUCACGAGUUGUUCAAGGUUUUGUAAAAAUUCAGAAUGUGGAUUAAACAUUUAAGAAGUCGGAUCACUUUGGUGGAUAUGGACUGGUACUGGUAAAUCAUCUAAUUCAUUGCCAUUAUCUUAGAAAGAAGACAUCAUUAAUGGACAUUUGAAGAAAGAGAGGCUAGAACAUUACACAAAUAAAAGAAAUACAUUUUUGUUUUCGUAAAAUAAAUUAUUUGCUUCUGGAAAAUUGUCUAAGUUCUAUUUUACUCUAGGAAUAUGUUUUUGGAUAUUGGAGACGUCGUUACAUUAAAAUUACUUUAACACAAAAUCAAAUUGUAAUAAUAUUCGUUAGUUUAAGGAAUAAAGUCUAAGUUGAUGAUCA